UUUGUGCAACCUCGGCUGAGGCAGUGACCCACAGUGAUUCGACCGCCGCGCCGGGGGGUGGGGGGGCUGCGCGGGACUCUUUUUUUUCAGACUGACCGCGGGGCAGCUGGGGAGCAUGUCGACCCCGGCCCGGAGGAGACUUAUGCGGGAUUUCAAGCGAUUGCAAGAGGACCCACCUGUGGGUGUCAGUGGCGCACCAUCUGAAAACAACAUCAUGCAGUGGAAUGCAGUUAUAUUUGGACCAGAAGGGACACCCUUUGAAGAUGGUACUUUUAAACUAGUAAUAGAAUUUUCUGAAGAAUAUCCAAAUAAACCGCCAACUGUUAGGUUUUUAUCCAAAAUGUUUCAUCCAAAUGUGUAUGCUGAUGGUAGCAUAUGUUUAGAUAUCCUUCAGAAUAGAUGGAGUCCAACAUACGAUGUAUCUUCUAUCUUAACAUCAAUUCAGUCUCUGCUGGAUGAACCAAAUCCAAAUAGUCCAGCCAAUAGCCAGGCAGCACAGCUUUAUCAGGAAAACAAACGAGAAUACGAGAAAAGAGUUUCGGCCAUUGUUGAACAAAGCUGGAAUGAUUCAUAAUAGACAACUGGUCUGUUAAUCUUUUUCAUCAUUGUUGUGUAUAAUUUACCUCUCAGUAGAAAGGCUAACAAAUUUUAAGUGCCACAGGUUUUAAGGAUUCUGCAGAAAAAAAAACCUUCGGUUUAGAACCUACAAAAGCUUGUGUAUCUUGAUUAAUGUACUUUUUAUUGCAUGGUGUGAACUAAGUUAUUGCUUACAUAAAUUUGUAAUAUAUCCUGUUUGUAUUUUUUUCGAAGUGUAUAAUGUUGGUGUGGAGUUUUCAUGACAGAAUAUACACAUUUUGUAAAUCUGUACUUUUUUCAAAUAUUGAAUGCCUUAUUUUUGAAUUCUUUAGAUUUUUAAAUUGGAGAAAAGCACUUAAAGUUUUUUAUAUAUGAAUAUUACAUGUAAAGCUGUUAAAAUACAUAACUUCAGUGCAAGAGACUUUGUCACUUAUUUCCUUAUCUGAGUAGGAGGGGUUAAUAAGUCUCUAGCUCUCCAUCAAUUGAUAGUUUCAUUUCUAAUUUCAAAAGAACAGAUUUAUAUUUUAUCAAGAAAUUCUUCAAAUUUGAUUCUAAACACCAAUUAUAAUCUCAAACUUUAUUUUGAAUGUACCUAUAUUAGUUUCAGUUGAGCAAUUAUAGACAUAACUGGUUUGAUUCUGUCCAACUCUGUAUUUAGGCCACUUGUUACUGUUUCUUCAUGCACUACUUACUGUUAAACUCUACCUUUUGGGAUUUCACAAUUUGCACCUCCACCACGAGGAAUUGGCACCUCUACCAUGAGCAGAGAGCUGAUGCAACUUAUUUUGCUGCUUGAUAGCACUUUAAAAGAUUUUUGAUAAUGGAAAAAAGUAAACUGUCAACAUUUACCAAAAACUCAUGCCCCACUAUUAACAAUAAAUAAGAACUUGUUGCAUUGGUUUGAACAAGGCAGAUAUUUGGAAGGAAUCUUGGUGUAAUUUAAAUAUUUGAAAACUGCCUUUUAAUGCAAUUGCCUAUCUUUUUAUUCUGGAAAAAUGUUUUAACACCAGGGCCUGCUGAGUUGCUUUCUCUUGUGGAGAUUUUUUUUUUUAAUCUCCUAAGUUGUAUAAAAUUUGUACUGCAUUUUCAUUUACUGGAUAAACAAAACACAAUAUUGAAGAAAGCUAAUAACAAAGCUAUCCUAUGCCUUCAAAUAGUAUAGAAAAUGGAAAAUAUACAAGUAAAUUCUGUUGAACCACCUGUGUAGUCUUUCUAGUAGUUAAAAGAGCUAUUUCAUUAACCCCAAGAGUUUCUUACACAUUCAUACUAGCUUAGUAAGCUAACAGCUUUUCUAUUGAAAGACUGAUUCCUCUACUGGAAGACUGUAGGAUGGCAAUAUCUAUAGGUUCUAUUUAUUAAGCAAAUUUUAGAAAGGAUAAGUGCUGAUGUUUCCCUUUAAAAGUUAAUACUUGGGAAAUUUGGGGGUAAGUAUGAUCUUAGGGAACUUUUGAUACAAGUGAGAGUUAACUCACUGGAAUUAUGCCCCCACCCCCCCAAAAAAAGAUGCUUUAUUUAACGGUACUUUUUGGUCAUAUCAAAUGUGUGAUGCUUCUAUAUUCAGCUCUAAAACAGUUUCUUUAGACAUGUACUCCAGUGACUGU